AUGGGCUGGGUACACAAUGCCUCGCCCGAGGUAGAAGCUGCAUCGCAGUACCGUCUCAUCCUGGGCGUAUGUUUAAGCCUUACUGUCUUAAUGAUCAUCACAGUUUCCUUGCGGCUUUUCCUCCGAGCUCGAGCCAGUCGAUGGGCAGCAGCAGACUAUGUGAUGGUUGUUAGUAUGAGUCGAUAUGGAUUAGGACUUCCAUUAAAGCUACGGCCUGCAGCAGAUUAUUCCACAUAUACUAAGAUCAACUACGCAGGGCGGCCGUUUUACCAAAUUGGCAUCGCAGGGUUCAAGGCUUCGCUCUGCCUGAGUUAUCUGCGACUGAUUUCUGGAACCUCGAAGCGUCUUUAUCGAAUUGUGAUCUGGAUUGUGAUUGCGGCGUCUACAUUGGGCCAUAUAGCUGGUGCUUUGAGCCUACUCUUCAAUUGCACACCGGUUCGACGAUCAUGGAACCCCCAUGUACCAGGCAAAUGUCUUCCUGUGGGAGGCCUCUUCUACGGUCUCGCAAUUUACACCAUCAUCACAGACGUGACCAUUAUCGUGCUACCCAUCCCAUUACUCCUGGGUCUCAAUAUAAAAACUGCACAGAAGGCUGGUGUUGUGUGCCUCUUCCUCCUUGGCCUCUUCACCACGAUCUGCUCCAUCAUGCGGAUGACCCAAAUUCAACGUGUGGCAUUCGGAGACGGCAACUCGACAAUGCUUGUGUUGUGGGGAACGAUUGAGUUCAACGUGGGCAACAUUGUCACUUGCAUUCCAUAUCUGGCACCUUUAUUCAAGGGCUUCGUGCGAGGACUCGGUUCGACCAGUGACAGGAAAAAUUAUUACUAUGACAGUCAAGGCAGAAGCUACUUGAUGGAUACUUGGUCGAAAGAUCGGUCGCACAUUCAGUCAACUGCUUCCGGCAGCCGUGCACAGCCAAAACGAACGCCAAGCGAGGAGCUCAUUUUGUCCAGUCGAGAGCCCGAGCAUGGGGGUAUCGAGAAGACGAUAGAGUAUAGAGUGUCUUCGGAAGGCAGGCCAACCAACUCGGGAGCUUGA